AUGUCCAUGUACCUUCCUCGUUCUGUAGAAGCCGCUCUGGCUGCGACGGCUAUACCGGACUACGUGCUGGAUUAUGGUAAAUUGCUCCCUACACUUGGGUCUAGCGCUACAGAACAACUGACGAGACUAGCGCCCCUAGUAUGGCUUCACAGUGAAGACCGAUACAGACCUUCCGGCAUCGCCGAGCACCUGGAUCAUGCCUUGCCGAAGGUGAACUAUGAAUCAAUCGAGGGCGUCUCGUUGCCGCUUACGCUAGAUAACCUGGAUCAGCUCAAUGCGCUGGGUAAUGAGAGCGUGUAUCUGACAUCGCGAGAAGGCAUUGACGCGAACCCGCAGCCUGAGUGGUUUUACGGCGCAGAUUUCAAUGAGAACGGUCAAGCCAGCGAUGUUUCGUCAAUUAUCGUCGUAAAUGAUCGUGGCGAUGGAGAGGUCGAUGCGUUUUACUUCUAUUUUUACUCCUAUAAUCUAGGAAACACGGUCUUGGGAAUGGAGUUUGGCAACCACGUUGGAGACUGGGAGCAUAACAUGAUCCGAUUCCAGGACGGGGCGCCGCAGGCCAUCUGGUACAGCCAGCACUCUGGAGGACAGGCAUUCACAUAUGAUGCGACAGAGAAGCAGGGAAAGCGGCCCGUAGCAUACUCUGGGAACGGGACCCAUGCCGUAUACUCAACUCCAGGUGGCCAUGAUCACACAAUCCCUGGCCUUAACCUUCCAGCUGGCUUUCUCGUUGAUCAGACGAACCAGGGCGUUUUGUGGGACCCCGCCUUGGGCGCCUAUGCGUAUGCUUAUGUGCCAGCCACGCAGACCUUCGAGCCCUAUGACUCCAGCUUUCCAGUGAACUGGCUGGACUUCAACGGGAGAUGGGGCGAUGAUGCGCUCCAGGGAGGCCCUGAAUUGUUCGGACAAGCCAAGUACGUAGGAGGGCCCAAUGGCCCGAAGUUUAAGAACAUUCAGCGGGAGAAGUUAUUCGAGAGGCAAAAGUUACUCCGACUCGAGUCAGAGUCAGGGGUCGCCAAUACCAUUGAACUGAACAAACGACAGAACCAUGAAUCAGGGCAACAGUUUUACUUGGUUAGCGGAGCAAAGGGAACUCGCCCGAGACCCCAGUUCAAUCGAACGGAUGCUGCCUGGGUGGUUGGAGCCAGCCAAUCAAACACGACAUUUCGUGUUUCGUUGGAUGGUGUGGAUAGCUGA